AUGCAGCGGCCGGACAAAAGCGGCAGAGCCUCCAAGACGGCGGCGCCACCGCCACAGCCUCCUCCGCCGCGGUUGACCAGAGAGGAGGAAGUCUACGUCAUGGUAGCCGCCCUGAAAAACGUCAUCACCGGCGCCGCAUCCCGGGGCGCGGGGGAGGAUUUCGGAUCACUCGCCGCCGCAGCCGCCGGAGGCGGCGGCGGCGGCGGAGGUGGAUUCUCCGUUUCCGGUGACAUGGAGACCUGCGGGCAGUGCGGGAUAGACGGGUGCCUGGGCUGCAACUUCUUCGUCGACCGCACGGCGGCGGAGGCGGCGGCGCCGCCGUCGGAAGAGGUGAGGAAGAGGAAGAAGAAGAACUACAGGGGGGUGAGGCAGAGGCCGUGGGGGAAGUGGGCUGCGGAGAUAAGGGACCCGCGGAAGGCGGCCCGAGUGUGGCUGGGGACCUUCGAAAACGCCGUGGACGCGGCACGGGCCUACGAUCGGGCCGCGAUCGAGUUCCGCGGGCCGAGGGCAAAGCUCAAUUUCCCGUUCUCCGAUUACACGGAGGCCGCCCCGGCGGCGGCGGCGGCGGGCUCGGCCUCCGGCCGGCCGCGGGAAGAUUAUGGCGAAGUGCAGAGGAAGAAGAUUAGGCGGGAAAAUGAAGUAGUGAUGGGGAAAGAGAAGAUUGAGGAGUGGAUGAUGUUGAUGAAUUUCAGCAGCGGGGACUCGUCGGAUUCUGCUAACGGCGCCGGGAAUCUUCAGUCUGCGUAA